GUGAAAAGGUUAAUGGCGGGACUGGGGUCAGUAGAUCCAUCUCGCCUCUCUGGCAAGAGGGAGGCAGAAGGUAGACGCGGCUCAGCCUGCGCACAGACGCACGCGAUACUCGUCCUGCUAGCAUUCGCCAGGCUAACUCCGCUCAGGACGACUCGUACUGCAGAAGUGGCACUUCCCCAAGUCGGAAGUGUAAGGUCCUUUCUUGGAGUGGAGAGGUGCAUCUUCUUGAUCCAAGAUCAUUUUCCAAGAACUGGGAUGAACUCCUCUGUACUGCUGCUGUUGUGGAUUUUGGGGGUGCUGGGAAUGUCCCCAAGCUCAGACUUGGGCGGGGACCCCCCCACGGAGGGCUCCAUCCCAUGCCCCAAGAGCUGCACCUGCCGCCACGACCAAUAUAACUCCGAGCUGAGCCUGUACUGCAGCGCGCGCAACCUGACGCAGGUGCCCCCCGACGUCCCCCUGUCCACCCGCUCGCUCUGGCUGGACGGCAACCUCUUCACCUCCCUGCCGGCCUCCUCCUUCAAGGACCUGAGCAACCUGGACUUCCUGAACCUGCAGAGCGGCCAGGUGUCCGCCGUGGACGCCCAGGCCUUCCGGGGCCUGCGCUCGCUGGUCUACCUCCACCUGGAGCGGAACCGCCUGCGUUCCCUCCCCGCCGGCGUCUUCCAGCACACGCUUGGCCUGGGCUCCCUCAGCCUCCACAACAACCAGCUGGGCCGCGUGGAGGAGCGGCUGUUCGCCAAGCUCUCCAGCAUGUGGCUGCUCAACCUGGGCUGGAACUCGCUGGCCGUGCUGCCUGAGGCCAUCUUCCAGGACCUGCAGGCCCUGCGGGAGCUGGUGCUGGCCGGGAACAGGCUGGCCUACCUGCAGCCGCAGCUCUUCCAUGCCCUGACCGAGCUCAGGGAGCUGGACCUCUCCGGAAACCUCCUCAAGGUCAUCAAGGCCAAUGUCUUCCUCAAGCUUUCCAAGGUGCAGAAGCUCUAUCUGGCCCAGAAUCAGAUCGUCACAGUGGCGCCCAGAGCUUUUGUGGGGAUGAAAGCGCUCCGCUGGCUGGACCUCACCAACAACCGUCUCAACGAGCUGCACGAGGAGACCUUCCUGGGCCUUCACAGCCUCCACGUGCUCCGGCUGUCCAACAACUCCAUCGGCAGCCUGCGGCCCAGGACCUUCCGCGACCUCCAGUACCUGGAGGAGCUGCGUCUGAGCCACAACCGGAUAAGGGCCCUGGGGGACAGGAUCUUCGAGGGCCUGGGUCACCUGGAGGUCCUGGAGCUGGAGCACAACCAGAUCCAAGAGGCACGCACGGAGUCUUUCCUGGGCCUGUCCCACUUGGCUGUGAUCAACCUGUCCGGCAGCUGUUUCCAGACUAUUCCCGACCAGCUUUUCAAGGGCCUCUCCACACUCCACAGCCUGCACCUGGAGAGGAGCUGUCUCAGCAGGGUCACCACUCAGGCCUUUGUCGGUCUGUCGGGGCUGCGGCGUCUCUUUCUCCAGCAUAACAACAUCUCUGUGGUGGAGCGCCAGAGCUUCGUGAACCUCCAGGGCCUUCAGCAUGUGGACCUGAGGUUCAACAAGCUGGAGACCGUCUCCUCCCACACCUUCAACGGCCUGAAGAACCUGGACUACCUGCUGCUGGCCGGCAACCUGCUCCAGCAGCUUCUGCCCGAGUCCGUGCUGCCCCUGAAGCGUCUCUCCUGGCUGGACCUGUCCGACAACAAGCUGACACUUCUGCCAAACGAGACCUUGCGGCUGCUGCCCAAGCUGCGCUACCUAAACCUGAAGGACAACUCUUUCAGCGUUCUUCCCGCCGACAUGCCCGAGAGCUUGCAUCAGCUGUGGCUGACCGGCAACCCCUGGCGCUGCGACUGCAGCAGCCACUCCCUGAGGGAGUACAGCCUGAGCAAGCCGCUGGUGGUUCCCCGACAGGCGCAGACCAUGGUGGAGGGAGAGGAGCCGCACACCAUCGUCAGCAUCUACAACAACAUCACCUGCAGCAGCCCUGUCACCCUGGCCGGCAUGGACCUGAGGGAUGUUGGCAGCGAACACUUCCUGGACUGCUGAGUCACUUCCUGUACUGCUGAGUCAACUUCCUGGACUGCAGGUUCUCGUGGGAAAUACCAGAUGUAAUGGGCACAAGCAGACUCUAUACAAAAGGAGGAGGAGUACUCAAUAUUUCCAUACAGUUCUCUACUAAAUCUUCCCUGUCAUCCAUGCUAUAAUACACAAGGUUAUUACAUUACAUUACAGGCAUUUAGCAGACAAGCUUAUCCAGAAUGACUUACACAACUUUUACAUAGCAUUUACAUUGUAUCCAUAUAUACAGCUGGAUAUAUACUGAAGCAAUGCAGGUUAAAUUACACUGCCACUCGUAUUGCACUAAAAACAUAAACACUUCACCCACUACUACAACUACACAGUAAAACGUUCAGUGUUACAUAUAACUCUUGCAGUGUACAUAUGAUCCCAAUAGGAGUCAUAUAAACUCUGCUUAAGUUGAAUUAAGACGGGGAAUUUUACUGUGUACUACUACUAUUACUUCUAAUAAUAACAACAAUAGUCAUUAUUAAUGUAAAGACAUAAUAUAGUCUCUUCUCCUACCUUGAAGUCGAGUUGCCCUUCUCAGUACUUUUGUGUUACCUGGUGUCCACAUCAACCGAGUAGCCCACAAAACAUCAUUUUAACUUUUUCCAACUUUAAAUAGUUUGUAAAAUAGUACAAAUAAGAUUUUCAAUGUCAUAAAUAAAACAGUUAUAGUUGUCUGACAAUUCCCAGCACACAACAGAUCCUUUUUAUCAUUAUGCUAAAUUCUACGUUUGGGUAUGACUUCAGGUUUAGAUUUGUCUAAAUAUACAGUAUAUCUAAAUCUGUAUCGCUGUAUAUAUCAACAAAGAUAAUAUCUGAGUUGCACCUGCCUCUGUGAGAUGACACACUUUAGUUUAUUAAACAAUGGGCCUCAUUCACGAAACAUGCGUACAAUCAUUGUAAACUGUGUGCAAGAACAUUUCCAAGAACAUUUUGGCAUUCAUCAUUUUUUCUUACCUGUAUUUGUUUGUGGCUAUUUCCUCAUGCCAAUCACAUAAACACGAUUGUACAUAAAAUUUACAGAUAGGCAGCUUUUAUCAUACCCCUGGGAUAUGCACAAAAACAAAGGUCUGCACAUGGGUGAGGAAUCCCAUAUUGGUUUUUGGAGGAAAAUUUUUAAUAACAAAAGUAAGAACAAUUUAAGAACGAGGCCCAUUAUCUUUCUCUAUAUAAAUCAUUACUGACAAACCACCCAUAAUGUAGUUUUAACUAGGAAUGACACAUACUUCAUCAUAUAUUCUAAAUCUGUGCAUGGAAUAUAUGUCACCUUAGUGCAGUGCUCAGAGUGGCAGUUACAGCCCAGGCAACCUGCUUUCUCUGAAAAUCUGAUUUCCAAUAAACUGACCUCCUAAAGCCAGGCUAUUUAUAGGCAUGUUCCAAAGUGAAGCAGCGCAAGGUUUUUUUUUUUUGCAAGCCUGCACUCAAAUAUCUUCUGUUUGCAACAAACCAAAAUGUCAACAGUGAGUCCCCUGAGAAAGAACACUAAACUGCGUUCUUAAAGUUAACACCAGAACAUGCAAAUUUACACUUCAUAACCAUCGCCUGUCUGGAAUAAUGACCUUGUUGUGCUCCCUCCACCUGUGAGCCUUUACAACUAUCUGCACAAAACUAUUAAAGACUAACAGCAGGCUUGGCAACAUACACAUAAUGCUCAAAAUGUCUGAAAAUACCAUGAUACCAUGACAUUGUUUCACUAUAUUUCUGCAUCUUACUUCUUGCUUAGAGCAACAUUACUGCCAUAAGCUGAAAUGUUUCUGUGGAAUACUGGUCAGUCAAUCUCACUGGUGUGGAUGAUAAUUAUUAAACAGGAAAUAAACAUGAUGUACAUACUGUUUAAAUGCUUUUUGCAGCGCUGGCAUUAAAUGCUUGAAAACUUCAAAGCCGUAGCGUGCUUGUGUGUCUGUACACCUCAGUGUUAACUUUCUUCUUUUGAACUUAAAACUGAAGGCAAGAUUAAACAGAAGGAAUAUUUACUUUCCCUCUUAAAUAAAUGUUACCGAGAGAGGGUCCAAUGUGUUCCGGUAGGAAUGAGAUUAGACUAAAUAUUGACUUCUACAAAUGAUUAUGACAGCAAACAAUAUUAGCUUGUCACAAUUAAAGGGACAUGAACCAGGUCAGAUGCUGCAGACUUCACUUGUAAGCAUGCAUUUCUGAAUUAGAGGCUUGCAUGUGAGAAUAGCACUAUUUUACUGCUGAAGACUGCAUGCAAAAACAUUGUAAUAUUUUCACGAAACAUUUUAAUAUCUUGUUCCAUCUUUUUCGUUUAUGUUUCUUGUGAAGCGCUUUCGGCUACACAACAACUUGAAAUGACAUGCUAUAUAAAUAAAAUUUUCUAUUAUUAU